AUGGCUUAUGCGGCUCUUUCUUCACUUAUGCAUACACUGCAGCAACUCCUGCAGUCUAAAUCACCUUUGAUUUGUGGAAGCUCUGUACAACAACAACAUGUUGAAUGUGCUUAUCAAAGUCUUUGUGCUCUGCAAGUUUUUCUUGAGGAUACUACAAAGGAAGCCAAAGGUAUUGAAACUAUCAAGGUUUUAGAAAAGAGGAUCAGAGACAUAGUCUACAAAGCAGAAGAUAGAGUUGACUCAAGCCUUAGAAGAAUAAUCACUCUAGUAGAUCGACAUAAACGAGAAAGGGCAUGUAAAUCCUUCAAUGAUGAAUUGCAAAAGGUGGAAAAAGAAAUUGAUUCUCUCAAGAACGAGGUGAUGCAGAUCGAGUUUAACAAGCAUGGAAGAAAAUCAGCAGAAGCAACUACGUCUUCAUCAUCAUCAAGAAGGUAUACAACUGAGCAUAAUAUUGUUGUUGGAAUGGAGGAUGACUUCAACAUUAUACUAGAUCGCCUCACUGACCAAAUAAAUGAGCUAACUGUCAUACCAGUUGUUGGUAUGGGUGGUAUCGGUAAGACAACUCUCGCUAGAAAAGUUUAUGAUGAUUCAGCAAUCCGCUAUAGAUUUGAUAAACUUGCAUGCGUUACUAUCUCUGAAGUAUAUAAUGAGAGACAAAUGCUUCUUGAACUUGUCUCUUCAAUUAUACGGGAUAGGACUGAUGAAAACAAUCAAAAAAUGAGCAAUGAUCAACUAACAGAGAUUGUGUACAGAGGUCUAAAGGGUAGAAGAUUUCUAAUUGUAAUAGAUGAUAUUUGGAGUACUGAGGCUUGGGACCAAUUGCAAAGAAUAUUUCCAAAUGACAACAACAAAAGUCGAAUCCUAUUAACUACUCGCCUUAACUUUGUGGCUGAUUAUGCAAGCCCUGAUUUUCCUCCUCAUGGUAUGUCUUUUUUGAGUUUACGUGAUAGUUGGAAUCUAUUUACUCAAAGACUAUUCAGAAAACAUCCUUGCCCUCCACAACUACUAAAAAUAGGGAAGCAUAUCGUACAAAAGUGUUGA